AUGAAUCAAAGAGAUCUUCAAAAAUUACGCCUCUUUCUAGUGGAAGUUGCUCAGGAGGCCGGACUCCUCAUAAAUACUGCCCAACCGAGCGCAAGUACAAUCGAUGAAAAAAAAAACACGACUGAUAUUGUGACGGAAACUGAUCGGAAGGCUGAGGCACUGAUUCGAAAACGCCUACAAGACCAAUAUCCUCAAUUUUCAUUCGUCGGCGAGGAGAGCUUUGACUCUAAAUCUGGAGUAUCAGAUGAACCAACUUUCAUAGUCGACCCAAUCGAUGGAACUUCGAAUUUUGUCCAUGGAUUUCCAGAAGUAUGCGUAUCGAUUGGAUUCGUUAUCAAGAAACAGCCGACUGUUGGAGUGGUAUAUAACCCAUUCCGUAACGAGCUGUGGGCGGCUACAAGGGGCCAGGGAGCAUUUUUCUGUGGUGUCAAUGGCAAACAAACGCUUCCCUUCACACGGUCAUCUCUAGAGUUUGAAAAAGCAUGCAUUGGACUUGAAUGGGGCAGUGACCGAGAGGGGCCCAACUUUGAUCUCAAUUUACAUGUUUUCACAACACUAGCUCGCACCAAAAGGACAGGCGGACGCUUUGUCAACUCGCUCCGAUUCACCGGCUCAGCUGCUCUUGCAAUUUGCAGAGUAGCAGCAGGUCAACAGGAUGCUUUUUGGGAAUGUGGUUCCUGGGCUUGGGAUGUUGCGGCAAGCUGGUGUAUCCUAACCGAGGCUGGGGGCAUCAUGGUUGAUGGGCACCCCGGCGAAUGGAGUCCACCUAUCGAUGGCCGUCGGUAUCUAGCAGUCAGGCCUGCACUUGAAGGACAGAAAGAGUUUGUGGAGCAAUUUUGGUCUGUUAUCGGUGAUAAGCGCUCUGCUUAUGGGAAGGUCUUGGAUUAA